GUUAGGUUAACUAUCGAAGUAAACAGUAUUUAUAUAUGUACUUGCAUGUAAUAAAAGUAGAAGUUAUUUUUUUAAUUUUACAUUCAAAUAAUCAAAAGCAUUCAAAUGAAUAUGUCUAUGAAAAAUCUCUUUAACUACAAGUUACGGGAAUUAUGUUAUCGUUUCGUACAUGCUGAAACAAAACAGAAGAAAACACCGCAGUGGUUAAAACCCAUUGGAUACGAAACAAAUAUUACAAUAUAUAAUACCCUGACAAAAUGUAAAGUACCAUUAAUUUUGAAGAAUAAAAAUGUUCUUAAUUGGUAUGUCUGUGGUCCAACUGUGUAUGAUUCUGCACAUAUUGGGCAUGCAAUGACUUACAUGAAUUUGGAUAUUAUUAGAAGAAUAUUAUCAGACCAUUUCAACAUAAAUACUAUAAUGGUCAUGUGUAUAACUGAUAUAGAUGAUAAAAUAAUAGCAAGUUCAAAGAAGAAGCAACAAAAUUAUCAGACGCUUGCUAAACAUUAUGAAAAUGAAUUUAUAGAAGAUAUGAAAAUGUUAAAUGUUAUCAAGCCUCACUUGUAUUGUAGAGUCACUGAUUAUAUACCUGAAAUUAUUGAAUUUGUUAAUGGUAUCAUAAAUAAAGGCUAUGGUUAUGUUACAAAAGAUGGUUCUGGGUAUUUUGAUACAACUAAAUAUGACCUUUAUGGAAAAUUAGGAACCCCAUACCCAGAGAGUAAUCAUCCUGAAAAGAAAUCAGCAACAGACUUUUGUUUAUGGAAAGCAGCUAAACAAGGUGAACCAUUUUGGAAAUCACCAUGGGGUAAGGGAAGACCAGGAUGGCACAUAGAAUGUAGUACAAUUGCAAGCACAGUUUUUGGAAAUUGUGUGGAUCUCCAUAGUGGCGGAAUAGAUCUUGCAUUUCCACAUCAUGAAAAUGAAGAAGCCCAAUCAUGCUGUUACCAUGAAGUACAGCAAUGGGUGAACUAUUGGUUACAUUGUGGUCACUUAUUUUUAGAUGAUACAAAAAUGUCAAAGAGCCUGAAUAAUACAAUUAAUGUAAGAGAAUUUCUUGCAAAAUACACAGCGAAUCAUUUGAGAAUGCUUUGUUUACUUACUAAUUAUAGAAAUGAAGUUAAAUAUUCUGAUGUUAUACUGACGAAUGCAGUAACUACAUUACAUAAAAUCGAACAUUUUAUUACCGAUUGUGAGAAUUACAUUGCAGGAAGAUGGAAUGUGGGCAAUGUUGAUGAAGUUGCAUUGUUACAUUGUUUGGACGAAACAAAAAGUAGCAUUGAUAUUGCAUUAGCAGACGAUUUUAACACUGCAAAAACCAUGAAGUUACUUCUAAACUUAAUUGAUGUAGCGAAUAAAAUGUUACAUAAACCUAAUGACUUUAAUAAGAGAAGUAUACCAGCAGUAGCUGCAGUGUCAAAUUAUAUAUCAACAAUGUUUUCAAGAUUUGGUAUUUUAAAUUCCUUGACAGCAGAAGAUGAUGAUAGAAUGAACAAUAUCGUAGAGCACUUUGUAAAAUUCAGAAACGCUGUUCGAAAUAGGGCUUUAGAACAAGAUGUAAAAGACAAAAUCAUACUAACGGCAUGCGACGAAGCACGAUUAAAUCUUUCCUCUUGUGGAGUAACAAUAAAGGUAAAUUAUUUGAAUAAUUUGCUUCGUAAAUGCAUUUCAUAUGCAAUGUAAUUUUAUUCUAC